GCACCUGUAGGCGGAAGUAGCCCAGGGUUCCCACGGCAACCAGCGUGCGCUGAGGCACUGCUCGGUGGUAGAGUCCGGCAGGUCGCUGGUUGCUAUAGUAACAGGGCAUCGCGUGCUUGACAGCAGGGAGACUGCAGCAAGAUGGCGAAGCAGAACUGGCUGGAGAGUCUGAAGGCGGCGAAGAAAACGGCGUUAGUGCAGGAUGGGAAGAGGAAAGUACAUUACCUGUUUUCUGAUGGCAAAGAAAUGGCUGAAGAAUAUGAUGCCAAAACACAUGAACUACUAGUUAGGAAAUGGAGACAGAAAUCUUCCUUAGGAGCGUACGGCCAGUGGGAGUUUGAAGUCGGCGAAGCACCCCUGUCGGGUUCUGCUCUUCAGCAGGACUUCCUAAAAGAGAGCAGUGCUAAUCCUGUUUUCAUAAGGAAAGACACCAAAACAAGUUUCCAGUGGCGAAUUCGUAACCUGCCUUACCCUAAAGAAGUAUACAAUGUUAGUAUAGACAAGACAGACCGGUGCUGUGUUAUACGGACAACCAACAAAAAAUAUUAUAAAAAGUUCUCCAUUCCUGACUUGGACAGAUGUCAGCUCGACCUGAAUGACAGCGCGUUAAGCUUUGCACACGCAAAUAACACAUUAAUUGUUACUUAUCAAAAACCCAAGGAAAUCCUGUCCAUUGAAGAAGGACUCGCCAAGGAGCUCAAAUCUAUGAAGACAAACGCAGAUGGAGAUGUGGAGUGCAAAACCCAGUGAUUCCAGGAGCCGUCGUUAUUAAUUAUAUUCCUAAUUUUGUUACAAAAUAAAUACAAUAUUUGUUA